GAGGAGAGAGAAAGAAGAGGAUCAAGAUUUCCAAGAAAGCAAGCGCUCGUCUUCGUCCACAGGCAGCAACAACUCCAACUCCAUGUGCCCCCAUUGAAUGAUUGGACUGGGGACCCCAGAUUCCGAUCAAGAUCGCCCAUCGCCCCGAACCCAGUUGAGGGUAGGGAGGGAGGAGCAGGAACAGGGGAGAAAGAUCCCAUUUUUUGCAUCAACUGGAGCUGCUGCUGCUGCUGGGCGGGAGCAGGGGGCGGAGGGGAGAUGAAGAUGAAGGAGGGCGGCGAAGGGUACGUGAGGGCGGACCAGAUUGACCUGAAGAGCAUCGACGAGCAGCUCGAGAGGUUCACCAGGGCCGCCACCAUGGAGAAGAGCAGGAAGGUCGGGGGCAGAGGGGAAGGCGGCGAGGAGGCGACGGGCGGGAAUGUCGGCGCUUCCUUGGUCAAGAGCCUCUCGUUGCCGAGGCCCAGGAAGCAGGAGAGGCUGGAGUGGGAGAUCGAACCGGCCAAGCUGCUCAUCAAGUCCGUCAUUGCCCGCGGCACCUUCGGCACCGUCCACCGCGGUGUCUACGACGGGCAGGAUGUCGCCGUCAAACUUCUUGACUGGGGUGAAGAGGGACAGAGGACCGAGGCUGAAAUCGCUUCACUGAGGGCUGCUUUUAGCCAAGAAGUCGCGGUGUGGCACAAGCUUGACCAUCCUAAUGUUACCAAGUUCAUUGGGGCAACAAUGGGCUCAUCAGAUCUACAAAUACAAACUGACAAUGGUCCAAUCAGUAUGCCCAGGAAUAUUUGCUGUGUUGUUGUUGAAUAUCUUCCUGGAGGAGCUCUCAAAUCUUACCUCAUCAAGAACAGGAGAAGGAAACUAGCAUUCAAGGUGGUUGUCCAGCUUGCACUUGAUCUCGCCAAAGGCUUGAGUUAUCUCCACUCACAGAAGAUUGUCCAUAGAGAUGUGAAGACUGAGAACAUGCUAUUGGACAAGUCACGUACUUUGAAGAUCGCAGACUUCGGGGUGGCUCGUGUUGAAGCUUCAAAUCCCAAUGACAUGACUGGGGAGACUGGGACAUUGGGUUAUAUGGCUCCUGAGGUACUAGAUGGAAACCCAUAUAAUAGAAAAUGCGAUGUCUACAGUUUCGGCAUCUGCCUAUGGGAAAUAUAUUGUUGCGACAUGCCAUACCCUGACCUUAGUUUCUCAGAGAUGACUUCGGCUGUGGUGCGCCAGAACCUGAGACCUGAAAUUCCGAGAUGCUGCCCGAGUUCUCUUGCAAAUGUGAUGAAACGAUGCUGGGAUGCUCAACAAAACAAACGUCCAGAGAUGGACGAGGUCGUCUCUUUGCUUGAAGCUAUCGACACAUCAAAAGGGGGUGGCAUGAUUCCUGUCGAUCAGUCACAGGGUUGUCUUUGCUUCCGUAGGUAUCGCGGACCUUGAGGAAUUAGUUGGUAUAAUUAUUACUAUAAUUUUCAAAUACUGUGGUGCUAUCAACCUUUAGGGGGAAGGUGUCUGCUUAUUGUAUCUACAGUCGAGAAUUAGGGCAUGGGAUUUAUCCAGAAGAAUAGGGAUGGCGAUUCGUCAAUAUAGAUCAAGGAGAGAGUGCGUACCGCUACAUCUUUUCUUCUCGAAUGGUGUAAAGCUUCAUUUUCUAAUUAUUGUUCUUCUAUUCCUCUUUUGCAUGUCAGUUUUAGAAGCUUGGGGGGAUUUCACAGAACUUUGUGCUAUUUUUGGAUACGCUGCUCGGAAAGACUGGGUUGGCCACCUGUAAUGUAUGAUGACUACACUUUCUGUUAAUAAAGAACAAUUUUAAGAC